AUGGAAGAAGACGGCAUUGAUUUCGCCUCUGGCGACGAAGCUGUAACCGGGCAUGUCGGUGCCCAAAUCCAGGAGGACAUCCAGCAGUGUGUUCUAUGCCAUUACACCAACGCCUAUUCGUCUCUAGAAUUAAGACGACAGGAGAUUGGCUAUCAUAGCUUAUCAUUUGCAAUUCUUGCAGCCUCGUCGUUGCCCGACGAAUUGGAUGCCAACCCCCCGGCCUCUGAUUGCGGAAAUCGCAGGACCUCACACGAGACAUUAUAUCCCGAGCUCCAUGACCCGAUGCUUCACAUCAUCAGGGGUUGGCUGCAAAUACCCAGAUACGCACAGAAUCAGGGUGAUAUGUUUCUCACAUUAAGUUAUUCGCUCUGUACAACCUCAGUCAAAGAUAUCACUUCGCUCCCACGCGUGACAUAUAAUUCGACACGCCGCAGAAUGGCUUCGAGUCUGGCACUCACCAUCGAGCCCCGGCAGUGCCAAGUCUGCCACAAACGCUCGGACAUACAGCGCUGCGGCGGCUGCAAGGUCGUCUACUACUGCAGCCGCGAGCACCAGGUCAGCGAUCGGAGAAGUCACAAGGGCGGGUGCGCCGCCGUGAAAAAGGCCCUUGCCGACCUGGUCCGGGAGGAGGACCAGCUUCGCAACACGCCGGGCGAUGGCUUCUCCAUGCCCGACAACGUCUUCGAGGAGGGUGCUGGUCACUUUUGGGGUAUCCUAGGCACGCGUAACUACAUGCGCGCGCGCUACGGCGUCGUGGACAAUAUGCUGAUGCACUUCUUCGACACUAUUGAUGCCGUGCAGACCUCGCUCGACCACCUGAUUGACAUGCUUCACCUGAACCGCUGCGACGACAUGGGCUUGAACACCAUUGCGCCUGCCCUCUACCUCCGCCUCGGGCGCGAUCAGGAGUGCUACGACUUCCUCAAAUGGUGGUCCACGGCAGAGCAUUACGACUGGGACGAUAUGGAUGCGCCGUAUCUCGACGUCAAGGGUGCGGAUGUCUUCGAGCCGCCCGAGGCUUCCUGGACUAGCCAAUCCUUCUGGACCAGCCAGCCCUCGGACCUGAGCCACUUCGUCUGCUUGACUCUCAUCAAGGUGCGCAUCCUGCUCGAUUUGCAGCAAAUGCAGAACGCGACGCGUGCCUUCCAAGGGUCUAUGCCGCGUGAGCUGAUCGACAAGGUCCGCGGCCAGGAACUGGUGAGCAGCGUCGUGGCCUCGAGGCAGGAUAUCGUCCAGGCUUCAGCGGAGGAAACCGCAGAGCUGGUGCGGCUAGUCAAGAAACAGGUUAAAGCAUUGUUCGACACUGUCUCGCGUGUCAGCCCGACUUUCUGGUCUCUACUGGUAGAUCCAGACAGCGUUCCUUCUAAUAGACCGAAAGCGUACUCGCUAGGCUCCAUGGAGGUGGCCUUCGUCACGCUCACGUACAACUAUGGAUCGUGGAAGGAGACACCAGGCUCUAUUGAAGUUAUCAAAGGAUUGAUGGAGGCUGCGUGA